CCCGUGGGAUGCUACAUGCUUGUACGGAGGCCGCUGUGGGGCUCCUGCAGACAGGUGGGGAGUGCAGCACGCGGCGGGGCCAAGUCCUCCUGGCAGCUCCCCGCGGACAGCCACUCGGUCAGGUGCCAGCCAUUGACUGACAGCCUGCGGCUGGGGCAGCCGUGGUUCCACGUGAGCUGCACCCUCACCCGAAGACACUGGGCACCGUCCUGGCCUGUGACUUUCAACAAAGAGCUGACAUCCCACGCCCUUGAGAAGUGGUGUAAGGUGCUGCCCACCAACCCGGAGGAGAGCUGGCAGGUGUACAGCUCUGCCCAGGACAGCGAGGGCAGGUGUAUCUGCACAGUGGUCGCUCCCCAGCAGACCAUGUGUUCACGGGAUGCCCGCACAAAACAGCUGAGGCAGCUACUGGAGAAGGUGCAAAACAUGUCUCAAUCCAUAGAGGUCUUGGACAGGAGGACCCAGAGGGACUUGCAGUAUGUUGAGAAAAUGGAGAACCAGAUGAAGGGACUGGAGUCCAAGUUCAAGCAGGUGGAGGAAAGUCACAAGCAACACCUUGCCAGGCAGUUCAAGGCGAUAAAAGCGAAAAUGGAUGAACUUAGGCCUUUGAUCCCUGUGUUGGAAGAGUACAAGGCCGAUGCCAAAUUGGUAUUGCAGUUUAAGGAGGAGGUCCAGAAUCUGACGUCAGUGCUUAACGAACUGCAAGAGGAAAUUGGCGCCUAUGACUACGAUGAACUGCAGAGCAGAGUGUCCAAUCUUGAAGAAAGGCUCCGUGCGUGCAUGCAAAAACUAGCCUGUGGCAAGCUGACGGGCAUAAGUGACCCGGUGACCAUCAAGACUUCCGGCUCAAGGUUCGGGUCCUGGAUGACGGACCCUCUGGCCCCAGAAGGUGACAACAGGGUCUGGUACAUGGACGGCUAUCACAACAACCGCUUCGUCCGCGAGUACAAGUCCAUGGCGGACUUCAUGAACACAGACAACUUCACCUCGCACCGCCUGCCGCACCCCUGGUCGGGCACCGGGCAGGUGGUCUACAACGGCUCCAUCUACUUCAACAAGUUUCAGAGCCACAUCAUCAUCAGGUUCGACCUGAGGACUGAGGCCAUCCUCAAGACGCGCAGCCUGGACUAUGCCGGCUAUAACAACAUGUACCACUACGCCUGGGGCGGCCACUCGGACAUCGACCUCAUGGUGGAUGAGAACGGGCUCUGGGCCGUCUACGCCACCAACCAGAAUGCCGGCAACAUCGUGAUCAGCAAGCUGGACCCCGUCUCGCUGCAGAUCCUGCAGACCUGGAACACCAGCUACCCCAAGCGCAGUGCCGGCGAGGCCUUCAUCAUCUGCGGGACGCUGUACGUCACCAACGGCUACUCGGGCGGCACCAAGGUCCACUACGCCUACCAGACCAACGCCUCCACCUACGAGUACAUCGACAUCCCCUUCCAGAACAAAUACUCCCACAUCUCCAUGUUGGACUACAACCCCAAGGACCGCGCGCUGUACGCCUGGAACAACGGCCACCAGACCCUCUACAACGUCACCCUCUUCCACGUCAUCCGCUCCGACGAGUUGUAGUUCCUCCCCGGAAGCCGGGGCUCCGAGGCCUCCCCUCCAAGGGCCCCUUCCCCGGAAACAGCUGUCGAAACCCUACUGAGAAUACUAACAAUACUAAUUUUGAAAAGGAAAAAAAAAAA